ACCACGCAACUAUGCAACCCUUUUUCCCACCAACUCAAGAUAUGAAUUUGGCCAAUAAACGGGCCAACACCGGCCCGACGGGUCAUGAAUCGGAUUCGGAACCGGUGGCCCCUGAGUCAAGGAUCCUUAAUGAAGAGAUCUUGUUGCUCGUGUUCGGGUACAUAAAAUGGGAUUUGAAGACGGUAUGCGCCACGGCUCGGGUCAGCCGGAAGUUUCGGGCCGUGGCGAAGAGGAUAUUGUGGCGGGCCAUGUGUAGCUACCGGGCCCCACGUAUGGUGGCGGGCCUAAGCCACGGGCUACCUGGGUCAAGGAUCGGGGGUGGUUGGCACGCGCUAGCAAAGCUCAUGUUCUUCUGUUGCGGGUGCCAACCCACCUCGACCCUCAAACUCAAAGUGUCUCUACCAGGCCACUUUGUCAAGGAGGCCCGAUUUUCAAAAACAUCGGGCCUCAGUUUCUUGACGAAGAGAUGCCGCGGGGAUCUGCUAUACGUUAGCGAUCCCUGCGAGCACCCUAUGGGUGAAGGGGAGGACGAUUUGGGGAUAUAUAGAGGUGUUUUUCGGGGGUUUAUGAGGUCGAAAACUCGAGCUUGUUUAAUAGGAAGACAAGUACAACUCGAGGAACAAGUUCGUUGCCCUUAUUGUGGUGCACGAGUUUGGAGUAUGACAUCGGCUAAAUUAGUCCCGAAAACGGCUGCUAAACGACUAGGUACGCACCAAGGUGGGUUAGAGUAUUUUGUUUGUAUAAAUGGUCACAUGUACGGAGCUUGUUGCCUAGUUCCCUUGACGACCGACGACGACGGGCUCGACGAUGAUGACGAAGACUACGAGGAUGACGACGAUCAAAUUGACGACGGAGUUGAUCAUCAUAACAGUCAUAAUGGUUGCGAGUGAACCCCAAAAUGGGGAUCUUUUAAGAUAAAGAAAAAGUCAGGUUCAAAAACUCCAAGGUAGAAAAACGUUAACAUACAAUGUAAUGAAAGAGGAAGAGAUUUUUUUGAGUUUGAGGCUAUUAAUGAGCUGAUUUUGAAUGGCAUGAUUUUGGAACACGUACUCUUAGCUUGAAUUACUCGUGCGCAAUUAUGGAAGAAGAAACUAGACAAGGGUUGCGUAACCCAUAAAAAUAAGGGUUAGUUUUAUCAGUUAUUGUGGGGCUCCAACUUUUAUUUUUCUGUUUUGGAUUUUUUAAAUUUAUUUUUAUUCAUGUUGCUCUCACUGUUUUUUAUUUUUUUAAAAUUUUUUUAAUUACAUUUUAUUACCUAUUUAAAGUAUUUAACUUUGUUCAAAUCAUUAGAAUAGAAUUAAUGUGUAAUUUUUUAAUCAUAUCAAAUUUAUAUGAUUUGUACUCCGUAUUUAUUGGCAAUUGCAAAGAUCAUUGGUCUUUUUUUAUUGUGAAAAUGAGCUACUUGAUAUACACACCGCAUAUACUUUGUAUAUUAGGGUCUG